AUGCCAGCAGCCGGGAGCCUGAGCUCCGAGAAACGAAGAAGUCCGCCGCCACCAAGAACUGCCCAGGUCCCGCAUCAGGACAACAGCAAGUCAAGCGGUGAUGUCAAUCUAUCAGAACGCUCCACUGCUCUUUCGCCACCAGCAGCUGGAAGUUCGAACCCUGAGGGACGAAGAACACCCGCAGGGAGAACCCCGUCGCUGAGUCAUGAUGACAAUGGGAGGCCUCGUGGUGCAGAUGUGUUACCUCAACGGCCAGGCCCCACAGCCGGAAGUGCGAAUCCAGAGAAGCGAAGAAUGCCAAUGGCGCGGCCAGCUCAGUCACGGUCCAAGGAGAAUAGUGAUCCACAUCAUGAAAUUGAGUUCUCCGAUGGUUUAAUGCCUGAAACACCACCACGACGGCAGCCAAACACAUCACCGUCUCGACUUAAGGCCUUGAAUCCCAAGAACAGUUCAAAUGGCGAAGAUAAUUUACCCCGUGGCUCCAUGGCUAAACCACCGCCACGCAAGUUCAAUUCACCACAGUCUCGGCUAAGGGCUUUGGAUCCCAGGAACAUAUCCAAUGGCCGGAUGCCACCUUCCGCUCAUUCUGGGGCACGGUACUGCGAUGGAACGAAUUGUGAAUGGCGUCCUAAAUCCAUCCGUACAGAAGAGGAGCUGGCGGCCACGAAACGUAUGCUUGUCAGGGCAACAGCCGAAAUUCAAAGGUUGAAGAUGAUGGGGCCGCAAAAGAUCCAGCGUGACCCAACUGCGGUAGUCGGUGCAGCUGAAGGCCCCGCGUAUGAAGACCAGAAGAUGCAUAGCAACACUCAGGGAGUCAGAAUGCCGCCAAGGGAGAGGCAAGGUCAGACUCCGCCGAGGCGACAACGUGAAGGAGCAGGAAUAAUGGGCAAUAUCCCUCGUCCUGCUGCAGCGUGGAGGCCGCCGCCGGCUCUUGCUGCACGGCCUGGAGAUCGAAGCCCUCCUCCACAGGAUCAAGAUUUUGCAUAA